AUGGCAGUUGUGGCUUACUUUCCGGUUGUAUUAGUAUUUACUGUGUUUCUGUACGCGGCGGAGGCCAAGUACAUACAGUACAAUACGACGUCGGUUCUUGUCCCCGGGAAGCUGAACGUUCAUUUGGUGCCUCACACCCACGACGACGUUGGAUGGUUGAAGACCGUUGACCAGUACUACGUUGGCUCCAAUAAUUCCAUCCAGGGAGCUUGUGUUCAGAACGUGCUGGAUUCGCUGAUUCCGGCAUUGCUGGCUGAUAAGAACCGCAAGUUCGUAUACGUCGAGCAGGCGUUUUUCCAAAGAUGGUGGAGAGAUCAGAGCGAGGAGGUGCAAGACACGGUGAAGGAGCUGGUCAGCUCCGGUCAACUUGAGCUCAUAAAUGGGGGGAUGUGUAUGCACGAUGAGGCGGCUCCCCAUUACAUUGAUAUGAUUGAUCAGACGACUCUGGGGCAUCGGUUUAUUAAACAGGAGUUCAAUGUGACUCCAAGAAUUGGCUGGCAGAUUGAUCCGUUUGGACAUUCUGCUGUGCAGGCUUACCUUUUGGGGGCUGAGGUUGGAUUUGACUCUCUUUUCUUUGGGAGAAUUGAUUACCAAGACAGAGCUAAACGAAAAGUUGACAAAAGCCUUGAGGUUGUGUGGCGGGGUUCUAAGAGUCUAGGUUCAUCUGCGCAGAUUUUUGCUGGUGCAUUUCCUGCAAACUAUGAACCUCCUAGUGAUAAUUUCUACUUUGAAGUUAAUGAUGCUUCCCCUAUUGUACAAGAUGAUAUGGAUUUGUUUGACUACAAUGUGCCUGACCGUGUUAAUGAUUUCGUAUCUGCUGCAAUGUUACAAGCGAACAUUACUCGGACAAAUCAUAUCAUGUGGACCAUGGGAACAGAUUUCAAGUAUCAAUAUGCUCAUACUUGGUUUCGGCAGAUGGAUAAAUUCAUUAACUAUGUCAAUCAAGAUGGGCGUGUCAAUGCCCUGUACUCAACCCCAUCAAUAUAUACUGAUGCCAAAUACGCAGCAGAUGAGUCAUGGCCAAUCAAGAGUGAUGACUUCUUUCCAUAUGCUGACAAUAUAAAUGCUUAUUGGACUGGAUACUUUACAAGUAGACCAGCCCUCAAAGGAUAUGUUAGAGUGAUGGGUGGCUACUAUUUGGCAGCAAGACAAUUGGAAUUUUUUAAGGGUCGGAGUAAAUCAGGGCCCAACACAGAGUAUUUGGCUGAUGCUUUAGCAAUUGCUCAACAUCAUGAUGCAGUUAGUGGCACAUCUAAGCAGCAUGUGGCUGAUGAUUAUGCAAAACGGCUUUCAAUAGGUUAUGUGGAGACAGAGAAAGUUGUCGCAAAAUCACUGGCUUGCAUGACAGAGCCAUCACAAGCUGGUUGCAAGAGUGUAGUAACCAAGUUUCAACAGUGUCCCCUUCUGAACAUUAGCUAUUGUCCGUCAUCAGAAGUUCAUCUUUCAAAGGGGAAAGACCUGGUUAUUGUUGUCUAUAAUUCUCUGGGAUGGAAAAGAAAGGAUGUGAUAAAGAUUCCUGUUGUCAGUGAACAUGUCACUGUAAAGGACUCCGCAGGAAAAGAAAUUGAAUUACAGAUUCUACCCCUGCUUAAUGAAUCCCUGAGCAUAAGAAACAACCUCGUUAAGGCAUAUCUGGGUAUAUCUCCGAGUGUGACCCCAAGUUAUUGGCUUGCAUUUUCAGCAACUGUACCACCUCUUGGCUUUAGCACUUACAUUGUCUCAAGUGCCAAACAGACAGCUACUACAGAGAGACUGACAUUGCACAAGACAGAACUAAGUCAAAACAAUGAAAUCAAAGUUGGGCCAGGGAACUUGAAACUCAUUUAUUCUGGAAAUGAUGGAAAGCUAAUUGAAUACACAAACAGCAGAAGCUCGGUUAAAGAGUUGGUAGAUCAAUCAUUUAGCUACUACCCUGGAGAUGAUGGAACCCAUGCAAAUAAAACUGAUUUACAGGCCUCUGGAGCUUAUAUCUUCCGUCCUAAUGGUACAUAUCCCAUUAACUCUGAAGGGGAGGUUCCUCUUACUGUUUUGAGGGGUCCAUUGUUAGAUGAAGUGCAUCAGAAGAUCAACUCUUGGAUAUAUCAGGUCACUAGAGUGUACAAGGAAAAAGAGCAUGCUGAGAUUGAAUUUACUGUUGGGCCUAUUCCAAUUGAUGAUGGAAUUGGCAAAGAGAUUGUAACAAAGAUUACAACCAGCAUGAAGACCAACAAACAAUUCUACACAGAUUCUAAUGGGCGUGAUUUUAUUGAAAGAAUUCGAGACUAUAGAAAAGACUGGACCCUGGAAGUAAAUCAACCUGUUGCUGGAAAUUAUUAUCCCAUUAAUCUGGGAAUCUAUGCGAAAGAUAACAACACAGAGAUGUCUGUAUUAGUAGAUAGAUCUGUGGGUGGAUCCAGCAUUGUGGAUGGACAAUUGGAACUUAUGAUUCACAGGAGGUUGCUCUAUGAUGAUGCUAGAGGUGUUGGAGAAGCACUAAAUGAAACUGUGUGCAUUCAAGAUGAUUGCAAAGGACUAACAGUCACAGGAAAGUACUAUCUCAGACUUGAUCCUAUAGGAGAGGGUGCUAAAUGGCGUCGAUCAUUUGGUCAGGAGAUAUAUUCGCCAUUUCUUUUAGCCUUCACAGAACAGGAUGGUCAUCGGUGGACAAAAUCUCAUGUCACAACCUUUUCAGGAAUGGAUCCUUCCUACAGUUUACCAGAUAAUGUUGCAAUAAUAACCAUCCAGGAGCUAGAAGAUGGAAAAGUUCUCUUUCGCCUGGCACAUUUAUAUGAGAUUGAAGAGGACAAGGAUCUUUCGGUUAUGGCAAGUGUAGAACUCAAAAAAGUGUUUGCAAAUAAGAAGAUAAAGCAAAUAACAGAAAUGAGCUUAUCUGCUAAUCAAGGAAGAGCUGAAAUGGAGAAGAAGAGACUGGUGUGGAAAGUAGAAGGCUCCUCUGAAGAACCGAAAGCGUUGAGGGGAGGACCUGUUGAUCCAACAAAGCUGGUGGUGAAUCUUGCUCCAAUGGAAAUUCGAACAUUUACCAUAAACUUCUAGUCCAAGCACUUUUGCUGAAAAGUGAAGGUACGGAGUAAGUAGUUACAGAUUCUCUCUCUUGUAUCUAGGUUGAUAAUCAAGUGUUUAGACUCCAAGCAUUAUUAGUUUUACGUG